CCAGAGGGACUCGGCUUGGCUUUUGGAGUCACUGUCCUCACAGCAACAUGAGUCAACGGCGGACCCUCCUGAAAGGGGGUCUGCCAUCCGCUUUAUAAAAGAAUCUUCCUCACCUGAGGGAGACCAGAUAGGAAAAAAACGCAUUCCCCAUCCCAGCUAUGCAGGGUGCCCAGCGCUGGGGAAGGUUGUCCUGCCGCCUGCCCGGCAGACCCGCCUUCGUCACGCCUCUCCCUCCUUCCGUUGCCCACCCUCCCCCCGCCCCAAGAUGAGACAUGGACAUCAGAGUCACAGCCUGGUAAGAGCCACGAUCAUUAACUACUAGUUAACAUGUAGAACUGACUACACGCCAAGCAUUGUUCUCGGCACCUCCCAUUCACGAGCUCUUACUCCUCACCAUGAUCCUCUCGUCACGCCCUUUGACAGAGAAGGAAACUGAGGCAUAGAGAAGGAUUCUCUAAGUUUGUGUAGAGUAACUGAAGUAAGUCUGAAGGUGCCUGAGGCAUGUCUCCCACCAAGUGGAAGAGCCUGUCUGUGGGAUAAGGAAUGAGAACACCACACACAGGUGAGGGAGAUGAGAGAGGGACCUGAAGGCCCUGCUUGACCCUUGAGUCAGUGGGACUACAGAGCAGCCCUGUCACCGUCCUCCCCCAUCACGUGAGCCAAAACGCAUCCCUCUUCCUUAGGCCAGUUUAGGCUGAGUUUCAGUUGGCCACAAACACAAGAAUUCUGCAGAAUAGGACCACCUUUCAGAAAAUCCUACCCUGACCUUGUCGUAUCCUGUCCUGGCCACUACCCUCCACUCCUCACCCCCACUUGGGCCUCAGUUUCCUCCCUGAGCCAUUCACUCAGGGGGACUCCCUGGGAUCUUCAGCAGGUGCUCCUCCAUGGUUGGCGGCACGCCAAUUCCAGGGAGUAGGGGAGGGGCUUAGGGCUCCAUCCCACAGCUCACAAGGAGAGCCACAAUCUGGAGAAACAACACAGUCAGAACCUUGAAGAAGAAAACUGGAAUUUCUUUACUCUGGUAUUUUCAAGGCCUUCCCAAAAUAGCCAGUCAGUCAGUCAUGUAAAUAGCUCCUUCCAGUUAGUGUCCCCAUUAGGACCAGGGCCCAAGAAAAGGGCCUGCAGUCGGGUCGUCUCUGCUCAGCACUUCCUCAUCUGUACCAAAAAGAAACACUGAAAUUUCCACCAGAGUCCUUUUCUUUUCUCUCCGUUCCCAUCUGAGGAGGAGAGGAAGGAGCUCAUGUUUUGUGUGUGUGUGUGUGUGUGUGUGUGUGUGUGUGUGUGUGUGUGUUUUUAAAUGACUGUGCAAGCUUCCUUUGAGUGACUUGCCUUCAGUUAUAUAGCCAUUCCCUUCUUGGAGGACACUGGUAUGUUCAAUUUUCGACCCUUAAAAGUAACACUGUGAUGAACACACUUGAAGAGAAAUCUUUUGCUGUGUUUAGUUUAUUCCCAGAAAUAGAUUUACGGAGGCAGCAGGGAGGAUUUCUGAUAUAUGUUGCUGUGGGACACUCGGAAACAAACAAAAGAAAAACCCGGUAAAACAAAACAAAACAAAACAAAACAAAAGCAAAGAUACGAACGAGAGUCCUCAUGGGGACAAAAUGAAAAGGAAACAGGUAGAGUGCUCAGUGCCUCAAAGAAAGUAAUAGUGGGCCAGCCAAGUGACUGGAAAGUCACUUCCUCCCGUCAGACUAAUGUCAGAUCUAUAAGCAAAAAAGCUCAGGCAGAUAAACAAAUGCAGUUUUGCCAUUCUUCAAAAGGCAAAUGCUUCGGUUUCCUUUGACAAAGAACUCGACUUACAUACGGAAACCAGACCAUUUUACCUCAGCCCUAUCUUCCAGAACACGUGUGGGCUCAACAGACGAUCUUAUGUCUGAGGUACUGAAGUAAUCGCCAAGCCCUGCCUGUUUUCCACAGCUGCCUCCAGCCUGCUCUGGGCUGCUUUUAUUUAUUUUUAAUUUUUUAUAAGAUUUUAUUUAUUUGAGAGAGAGAGAGAGAGAGAGCGCACAAGCCGGAGGAGGGGCAGAGGGAGAGGGAAGCAGACUCCUCUCUGAGCAGGGAGCCCACCGUGGGUCUUGAUCUCAGAACCCUGGGAUCAUGACCUGAGCAGAAGGCAGAUGCUUAACCUACCGAGCCACCCAGGCGCCCCUUUGGGCUGCUUUUAGAGGGAGGAGGAUGGUGGCCUCCAGCGGGUCUGCCUGCUGCCAGUUUUGCCUCAGUUUAUUCCAUUGGCUCUUACACUAUCAGAUGACUUUUCUUCAGCAUCUGUUUUGCUAUUUUACUUCACUGAACACAGAUUUAUCAUAGAGCUACUAGGACUGCGUUUUCCAGGAGUUUUUAGCAGCCCAGGGACAGAGACAGAGAGAAUGGGGGGCUGGUGUCUUAGUGUGGAUUCCCCCAAAAGCAGAGCCUGAGACAAGGAUUUGGGAGCAAGUAGUUUAUUUGGAAGGAGCUCCCAGGAAGCACUCACCGUGGAGGAGUGGAGAAAUGACAGAGGAAGAAAAAAAGCCAGUGAAGUGUAUAUUCUCUUGGUAAGUAGGUUGUAACUGGGAAACAGGGAGGUGUUGACAGACUUCGGGGGGUAGGAUUCUCCCAGAGUUGCCCCACUGAGGCCAGCGGGCUCUACUGUCAGUUGCUGUCCCUCAAGUGCAUCAGGGUUGCUUCUGGCCAGAAGUCACUGGCCUGCCUCACCUGUAGCCAGAAAAUAUCCCCAGGUGGAGACGCUGUAGGUGAGUUCAGGAACCAACUGUAUACCAUGUAUACCAUUGGGAAGAUACAUCCCCGUCAGACAUUUGUUCUUCCUAAUUCUGGUUGACAUACACGAAGACGUGAGGAACAAGAUGAAUCUUCCUAACACAUGGCCGUGCACACAUCACCCCCCCCCCCAUUUCUGUCCUGCUCAUAAUGCACCAAGAGCUCUCUAUUACCCACAUGGCACAGCGUAAAUUCCUGACGGGGCCUGUGAGUCUGACCUGUUUCUGGCUGGGCUGCUGGAACUUCUCUCAGCCCAGACCCUGCACCACAGUCAGACAAUGUGCCCACUGCAUCAUUACAGGCCUUCCAUGCCUGACCCUACACCUUUGCCUAGGCUGUGUCCCCAGCCUGGCCUGCCCUCUCUCUCUCUCCCACACGGUUUGGCCCCAUCCCAAGAUGAUCCGCUUGAGAACGCUAUCCCUCAGUGAUCAAUUCAUCUCUAUAUGACCCCUUCUUCUAGGUCUCUCCCGCGGGAGCCUUGUAUUUUCGCUCCCUUCUCCUGAGUACAUUUUCACUUCCUAACAAUGCUGGGACCAGCCAGAAUACACCACUGUGCCUCCAGUGUUCAGAAGGGCCCCUUGUGGGCAACUCCUGGGUUAAGGUUUUGCUGAUGCUAAACACAAGGACUGGUUUUGCCCCUCUUGCUGCCAUGAGGGUGCAGAAGGAAAGACGGAAAGAUGCCCCUCUGGGCUCCUCCCACUCCAUCCAGGCCUGCCACCAAAUUGCCGGAUGUCAGCUUGUUGAAGGCCACUGAAGUGGUAAGACUCCCAGCUAAAGCUCUGCCCACAGGUCCCCACCCAGGGACUAAGACACAAGCGAGGAGGUCCGAAUGGUCUUUGUGGUUCUAGAUACCAGAACUCCCGAGAAGAGGAGCUGAAUAGAAGUAGAGGGUGGGGGAAAGGCAACUCAAGGGCGCUAAUCCCAGCUUCCUGUCUGGAUUUUCCUUGACUGCUGCUCAGGGCCUAUGUUAGGAUGGUCACAGCUGCCGAAAUAGAUCUCUCCCCUCACCUGUUCCGAAGCCAAGAAGACCUUGAUAACUUCCUGUCAAAAGAAUGCAUGCUUUGGUCAUUUUUCCAGGAUGUGGGAUAAUAAUGGGGGCACUGGUGCUGAUCUCGCCACGCUUCUCCACCUCUGUCAAGCAGCAGCCAGGAAUGAGGGAGCAAAAAGCCACGGGGGGGUGGGGGUGGGGGGGGUGUCAUGGGGCCAGCCACCUGUUUCUGGCCAGAGCCCAGCCUUUUCUGUGAGCUUGGUUGAUGUUUCCGUCCUUGGUCGGCUCCAGAAACCACUCCUGGCCCAAAGGAUGCCCCUCGGAUUCAGACUGACGGAGAACACACCCUUUGCCUUCAAUCACCUGCCCUUCCCUGCCCAGCCUGCGUACAGAAUGUUCUGUUCUUGCUUAACUCAUCACCCUAGCCAAUCCUGGGACCUGAAAACCAAGUGUUGGCUUUGGCGCCAGAAUUCCCAGCCCCUCACUCAUUCUUGGUCCCAGAAGUGCGCACGGCUGGAAGGUACAGCGAGGACCAGGGAGCUCGGCGGCGCAGGGGUGUUGGAGGUGGACAUCCGGCAGAGGAAGCGGCCUCCUGGGGCAGGGAGUCCUCGGGGACUCCUUGUUCCCCGCCACCCCUCCGCCAAGGUGAGGAGAGCAGAGCGCGCCCGGAGCCCCGGCGCCCGGGAGGGACCUGCGCAUGCGUGGGAAGAGACUUUGGCGUCGCCCUCGUCGCCCAGGUAACCCCGACCCGCAGGUGCCCGCAUGGCCUCCGGCACUGGAGGGAGCUGGGGUCAGGCCCCACCGCAGAGUGCCGCCCGGACGCCCUGGGUGACGGUCCUGCAGCCCGUCGUGUGGGCGGUCCCACCGCCAACCCCGCAGCCCGGUGGACUGAAGGAAGACCUGCUGGAACUGAUGUUGCUGCAGAACGCGCAGAUGCACCAGCUGCUGCUGAGCGGGCUGGUGGCCGCGGCGCUCAACCCAGGACCAGCCUCUUGCCACCCGCAGGUCUACCUGGAGGGUCAACAGGAGGAGGCGGCGGAGGAGGAGGAGAUGCAAGCCCUGGAGGAAGGGCCUUUGGUGAUUCACCACCACUACCUGCCCUGCCCGAUGUCCAUGCUGGGCCCCUCGCUACCCUGGCCGGUCUCUUCCCCUUCCCUCCCCCAACAUCAGCCCCACUUGCAGGACACAGCCAGGAUUCAGCACUGCCCUCCUGCCUCUUGGAAAAGGAAGGGGAGAGCUGUAACCGUGCCCCCACCCCCACCCCCCAGUGCCACAGGCACUGUGGGUGCGGAUGUGCCCCCUGCUUCAGGUAGGGGCAGGGCGGGUGGACAGUGGGGCCCAGGGAUGGGUCAGGAGGCCAGGAGGGCCAUGUUGGGGGCAGGGGAGCACCUGUCAUCACUGCUGCCGGCCACUGGCCUAUCCCCUUCCCUUUCACUCCUUGGGGCCCUGUUAGGCAGGCGGGAGCCAAGACACAGGUGUCGUCUCUCCCCAGACUACUAUGAUGCCGAGAGCCUACCAUGAGGACAGACACCGGCCCUGGGACCCUGCCAGCUUCAUUGCAGAGCUGGAAAGAGCCCUGGAGCCCCCGAGUGCCCCUCUAGAACCUACGACUCUGCACCCAUGCCUGGCAGCCCUCCCCAACCCACCCCACAACCCC